AUGAUCUUCCGGUCCAAGUGCCCGACGCUGUCAAUUCCAGAGAACGCCUGCAUCUGGAACGUCGUGGAGGAGCACGCGCGGGAUAUUGGCGACCGGCCGGCGUUCAUCUGCGGACUGACGGAGAGGACGCUCACGUUCGCGGGGCUUCUUCGACAGGCCAAGCAAGUGUGCGCGGGUCUUGUGGCCAACGGGAGCAAGAAGGGCGAUGUUGUGACGCUGCACUCGUUUAACUGCGUCGAGUACCCGGUCAUCUUCUUGGCGCUUACACGUCUUGGGGUUGUGUGCUCCACCGCGUCGCCACUUUUCAACGAGGAGGAACUAGCUGAUCAACUCAAGCACUCGGAGUCUGCUGCGAUCAUCACCCACUCCAAGAUGGUCGACACUGCAGUCAAGGCUGCGUCGCUCGGUGGCAUCGAGCUGAACCGUGUGUACACCAUCGGUCACGCCGACAUCUCCGCCUCACUGAUGCCCAUCGAGGACAUGCUGGCCAAGGACGUCCCCUUCCCGAACCUCCCUCCUGUCGACCCGGACGCUAUCGUCGCUAUGCCCUUCUCGAGUGGCACCACUGCUCGACCGAAGGGCGUUCUUCUAUCGGGUCGCGCUCUCUUCUCCGGUGCCAUGAUGGCCAGCCACUCCGAGAAGGAUAUGGAGUACUCCAUGACGGUGCUGCCCUUCUUCCACAUCAUGUCCACUCUGCUGUUCCACAUGGCCUUCUACCGAGGCUGGGGGACGAUCAUCCUACCCAAGUUCCUUCCGGACGAAUACCUCAGCGCAAUCACCAAGUUCAAGGUCUGGAACGUGUACGUGGCGCCUCCGAUCGUCCAGUUCUUCGCCAAGCACCCGCUCGUGGACAAGUACGACCUGUCUUCUCUCAAGUACAUCGGAGCGGGGGGAGCUCCGAUGGGCACCGAGGUGGAGGAGGCCGUGUUCAAGCGCAUUGGCGUCAAGCUGCUCAUCCACACGCCGGCUAUGAUGGACGGGUACUACAAGAACCCAGAGGAGACGGACAAGUCGAUCACGGAGGACGGCUUCGUGCACACGGGCGAUGUUGGCUACAUCGACGAAGAUGGCUUCAUCUUCAUCGUGGAUCCAGUCAAGGAGAUGACCAAGUACAAGGGGCAUCAGGUUGCCCCCGCAGAGCUCGAGGACGUGCUGCACGGCCACCCAGCAGUCGUGGACUCGUGCUGUGUGCGUGGCAAGGACUUGCAGUCUGGCGAGGAGAUCCCCAAAGCUUUCGUGGUGCUCCGCGAAGGCGCUUCAGCUUCGCCUGAAGAGAUCAUGGACUUUGUUGGCGACAAGGUUGCGCCGUACAAGCGCGUCCGCCAGGUCGAGUUUGUGGACGCGAUCCCCAAGACCAUGUCAGGCAAGAUUCUGCGUCGUCAACUUCAACUGCGUGAGGAUUCGAGGAUCAAGGCUGCGAGUGCUCCCUAA